AUGCCGACCACAGCGGGUAGGGUUCGUAUGCCAGCCAACAAUCGCGUGCACAGUAGUGCUGCCUUGCAAACCCAUCGUAUUUGGCAAACUGCGAUUGGAUAUGACCCUUAUGCUCCUAACAAAAAACAUAACAAUGAUUCUGUCCAGCUUCAGGCUUCCAAUGCAGAACCGGAGGGAGAAAACGCUUAUGCUUGUUUUCAGGGAUUGCUUGCACUUGCUCGCAUUACUGGGCCCAAUGCUGAUGGGGCUCGUGGGUCCUGCAUGAAAUGUGGUUUUGUGGGUCAUAUGCAAUUCCAAUGUAGAAACUUUUUGAGCAUCAAGGAGGAUAAAGAUAAGGAUCCCAAAGCUAUUCAGGCUGCUGUUAAUGCUGGUUUAGAGAAGCUAAAAGGAAAUGGAAAGAUAACAAAUGAGAGUUCAGAUGAGAGUGACGAAGACGAGAGUGAGAGUUCAGACUCAGAUUAUGAUUCAGAGAUCAAGCAGGCGAUUGCUCAGAGGUAUGUGAAGAGGCUGAGUAGUAAAUCAAAGUCACUGACAGGAAAGAAAGAUGAUGAUUCUGAUGAAGAUGAGUUGGAUUAUGAGAAAAGAAAAAGGGGUAGGUCGAGAAGUACAACUGAUAGUGACGAUGAAAGAAGUGUGAGGAAAAGGAAGAAAGAGAAAAAGAGAAGAAAGAAUGAUGAGUCAUCUGAUGAGAACUGGGAACGACACUCACAUCGGAGGAAGAGUAGGAAGGAGAAGAGGAGGAGUCAUAGACAUUCAGAUGAUUCAGAUAGCUCUGAAGAGUCGGUGAGAAUGCAUAAAAGGAAGAGUAAGAGCAAGAGAAGGUCUUAUUCUGAUUCAGAUGCCAGCGUGGAUUCGCAGGUUGGCAGGGAUAAAAGAGCAUCUGAGAGGAGGAACAGGAAAUAGUCAUUAUGA